GUUCCUCCUCGGUGUGGGCGGGCCGAUCAAUGCGGAAGUGUGCCUGCUGCAGUCAGUCAGUGCAUGUCCUUGCCUGCUUAAUGUUGAGCUAACUUUGGGCUAACCUCGAUUGGAAACUCUCCUUCUGCUUGGUGGAGGUCACUGUUUUCUUCUUACCCGAUUUGACUUUAUUGGACGGUCUGUUAUGCCUUUUCAUAAAUACCCCCCCAAAAUCUGGGAGGCCUUGAAACUGAAGCAGGGCAUCUAUGCUCGUCUCCCCAAACACUACCUCAAGUCCCUCGAGCAGAAAGAUCCCAAACCUGUGCAUUGGAAGCCUCUGGGAGUCCAGUACCGAGCCAACCCAACGACGGGUCAGAAGGAACGGGUGCAGGAUGUCCCGGUGCCCAUCUUCUACCCUCCACAAUCCCAGGACAGCCUGUGGGGAGGAGAGGGCUGGAUAUCAGGCUUCAGAUACGCCAACAAUGACAAAAUGUCGACUCGUCUGAGGAAGACCUGGAAACCACAGCUGUUCAAGAGAGAGUUGUACAGCGAGAUCCUUGAUCACAAGUUCACCAUCACAGUCACAGCACGCACUCUAGACCUCAUCGAUGCCGCCUUCGGAUUCGACUUCUAUAUUCUCAAAACAUCAAAGGAAGACCUGAACUCCAAGCUGGGGAUGGACCUGAAGAGAGCCAUGCUGCUUCGCCUGGCACGCAGAAACACAGAGCUUUACCCCUCCGACCCCGUCAAGAGAGAGAAAGUCUUCAACAAAUUCAAGCAGUUUGAGAUCCCAGAGGAGGAGGCGGCCUGGUUGGGUCUGAGUCUGGAGGAGGCCGUGGAGAAGCAGAGGCAGCUGGAACACAAGGAGCCGGAGCCUCUGUUUAAGGUCUGUGUGGAGGAGCUGGUGGAAGAGCUGCACAUCCAAAAACUCUCGGAGCCACACCUCAUAGAGAAGAAGUAACGAUCUGAACCAUCUGAGCAGAGACAGAGGCAGCUUUUCAGACUGAAAAAUGAAGUAGGUUGAACUGUCAAGCUUCUCCAGAUGGUGGUGUGAGUCACCAAGUUUCUGUUUGUGUGACAUUUUUCACCCGGGAGAACUUAUCGCAGUUUCAACUUUCAAUUUCGAUUUGGGAGCGACACAAAGGUGGUAGAGACACAAAUGACGAGGUCAUGUUGGAGUAAUGCUUAUUUAUUUCCCCUUGCAUUCAAGAUCCAUACAUAAGACAUUUUAGGAAUUAAAGGAAAAGCUUCCGUCAGUGUAAAUACUCCGACCAGCUGUGAUAUCAGGCCCUUGUACAGGAUAUCUAAAAAAUAAAAGAUUCACUUUUUUUCUUAAACCUUG